CCCAGUCCUGGUGUCUUUUUUUUUGCGGAUUUUCAUAGUGUGCAAAAUGCCAACCCCUACUGAAAGAGACAGCGCCUCAAAAAAGCGGAAAAAUAACAAGGGCAGCGGUGUCCCGUCCUCGAAGCGUCGCGCUGUCGCAGAACCGCAGAGCACCGAUACGGCCAAAAUUCAAGAACUGGAAGAGCAGAUUUCGGAGUCACGGAAACACUAUAACAAUAUCGCUGCUUUGAUAUCAAUGCUAGAUGUCGAUGAGCCGGGGACAAGGCAACCCAACCUGGCAGUGGCCGUGUCUCUCUGUCGAGUCUUCUGCAGAUUGAUUGCGGCCGGAAACCUCACAGAAUCAAGUCGCGCGGCGGAGAACGAGAAGAUAAUUGUGGCAUGGCUAAAGGAACGGUGUCAGGAAUACCAGAAGGCUUUGCUAUCGAUAAUUCGCGAAUCGCAAUCUUCGUCACAGACCACUGCCUUGACUUUGUGUAUGCGCUUAAUCAAUGAACGUGCUAUUCAUAUCCCCGGCGCCGAGAACCAGGUCUGGACUUCGGGACUCUUCAAGGGCGUCUUCGAAGCCGUUGUCGAGGCUCGAAACGGUCAGGAGUUGCGAUCUGAAUUCCUUGAGAAAUUCGUCAAACCCUACGAAGACGUGCGCUAUUACACAUUCUUUCAAAUUGCUGAGUAUGCCGCAACACAACGAAGCCCGGAAACCCUCGAUAUUUUAAUAUCCAUGCUCUCCGAAUGCGACUCCGUUCCUGAACCGGAGCACCAGUUUGAGAACUUUUUUUACACGAAAGUCUCAAAGAAAAAUAAAAAGUUAAUCUCGACGAAUUCGCACAAAAAGCGUGCCCAGGAGGCAUGGCUAGCAGUCCUUCGCAAUAACCUCUCGCAGUCCCAACGCAAGGCACUCCUACGCAUCAUGGCCCCUACCAUCGAACCUUGGUUCAAUCGUCCGGAGCUCCUGAUGGACUUUUUAACAGACUCAUAUAACGUUGGAGGUGCAACAUCCCUCCUUGCCCUAUCAGGCCUGUUUUAUCUUAUCCAGGAAAAGAACCUGGAUUACCCCCAGUUCUACACAAAGUUGUACUCCCUCCUAGAUGAAGACCUAUUGCAUUCCAAACAUCGAUCCCGAUUCUUCCGACUGAUGAACACCUUCCUCGCAUCGACCCACCUUCCCGCGACUCUCGUUGCAAGUUUCAUUAAACGCCUCUCGCGCCUCGCUCUAAAUGCUCCCCCCACGGCUAUCGUGGCUAUCGUCCCGUGGAUCUACAACUUGCUGAAGAGUCAUCCAACAUGCACGUUCAUGCUUCAUCGUGAAAUCCGCGAUCCGGAGUUCAAGGCCGAAUUGGAUAUAGAGGGCAUGGACGAUCCAUUCGAUCCGUCCGAACCUGAUCCCACACGUACAGACGCGAUUGAGAGCAGUCUGUGGGAAAUCGAAACACUUCAGUCCCACUAUCAUCCGAAUGUUGCCGCUAUUGCGCGAAUUAUAUCGGAGCAGUUUACCAAACAGGCAUAUAUCCUUGAGGACUUCCUAGAUCAUACAUACCAAAGUAUGUUGCAAGCAGAACUGGGCUUGGAGGAGAAGCCGUUGAAGAGGACACCGGUUGUGGAGUACAAGAUACCCAAGCGGAUUUUCACUGAUCGUGGGCUUGAGGAGGAUGGCGGUCAGGAUGUCGGUCCGGGAAGUCUCAUGAGAUCGCUAUGGGACUUCUCAUAGCGGCAUACGUAUGUAUAAUAUGCAUAUUUCCCUCAAGGGAUAUAUAAUCCUUAAUAUGGAGGAUGAACACAGACGCAGUUUCAGUGGAAAAAUAGCUAGACUACGUACAUUACCCCGAUACUUCAUCAAUAAAAUGUACGCACUGAACCAAUGAAUAGUAAAACAUAGCCCAAUGUCACCAACAAUCAGUCAUAUCGCCUUCUCGUGGAUGCCACGGGCGGUUCUCAUCAUUGCAAUGAUUUCUGUUGAUAUGGUUCUCUGCAUCCUCGAGAUUCUCGCCCGGCACAUGGAAGCUCAUAGUAUUAACUGCAACUGGAGGGGCGGGCAUUAUAUUCGGACGGUUCUGAGCUUGGAGAUCCACUAUGUAGGCAUAUUGCUGUUCAUAUAAGAAUCGGCCGGGCCCUAUACACUGGCAAUCCUCCGUCUCAGAGUCCACAGGAUAAUAAUUGCAGUACACGUCCAAAGCAAAAAUUCCGCGUUUCAUGUCGUCAAGAAGCUCAUCGCUCACGAUAACGGGAAUAGCCUGAAUGGCGGCCCUCAUUUUGUCCACUAUCUCUUGAGCUUUUUCACGUCUGCGGUUCCGAAGGUAGCCGACUUGAGCUUCCAUUCGUUCAAGUAUAUUGAGGAUCUCCUUCUCAGAGGCUGCUUGCGUCACAGCAUGCUCCAUCCGGGCUGCGACUUGCUGCAGUUCCCUGGACACAUCACGGAACAGGAAAUCGAUCUUGGAACGUGCAGAGGAGACUAUACUACCCAAGGAACGGGCAAGAGAGCGUUCAUAUAGUUGCUGCCAGAAUGAUAGCCAGUAGGAGAAGCCGACUCGCGAUUUGCGCAUACGAGUCAACUCGAGGGACGUGAUAACCGUUCGGCAAAGUGAGAGGGUAUGCAACGUAUCGACACGCGCCCCUAACAGUGCAGCAUCCAAUGGAUGGUUGGGGUUACUGCAGGACGCUUUCCCAGGACCUGUCUUUUCAAUAGUAUCGGGAGGAUGGCUGGAAUUCUCUUGGGCGCCGUGGGAGCCUAGCUGCGAUGAUUGCUGCACAGGCUUAUUAUUAUUGGGCGCUUCACGAAACGGCUCCGAGCCCGUUUCGGUUGUACCCGUGCUUUUUGGAAGAACAGCGACCUCUCCCUGUGACAUGGAAUUGCAAGGAGGAUGCAGAGAUAUGAAACAGGUGGUUGUACUUUAGCAGCUGAGCUUCUGGUGAUUCAAGCUGGUGAAAUUAGAUAUGGAUUAUAGCGUGGCCUGCGGUUCUUCCUUUUGAUUAUUUAUUCCCUUUCCCCUUAGUUUGCAAGAGCAAGAUGGAUAGAAAUAGGUAAAACGAGCGUGUAAAUGGUGUUAGAGCAGUAAGAUGAUAUAGGAGUCGGAUGGUGGAUGGAAGAAGCUGAGAGGGACCAUCUUCCUUGUACUCCGUAGACGUCCUGGGAAUGUUCCCAGAGCCGUCGUGGAAGGCGCAUCCAAGAGCGUUCUGCUUCGAAGGAAUGCAUUGACACAUUAUCGGAGUACUGGAACAGAACAGGAAUAAUAAUAAUCGUGCAGAUGAAGACACAAAACAAACCAUAAUAAUCA